UGCUGCCAGAUUUAAUAACGGCACGGUAUCUACCGGCAACGUAUAUGACCAUUUUGGGUGAGGGUGCAAGUUAGACUGUUGCUACGGGCGGGGCCUGGCGCUUGCUUUUCGUAUUUUUCCUGGUGACGCAAUGACGCAGUGCGGUGCUCAGGAAGCGGGGAGGCCCCGAGCGGCCUACUGCAGAGCCGGAGACCGGGGCCUGGAGUAACGGGCCCGGUGAUCGGGCCCGUUGAGAGUGGUGGCUUGGCGAGAGGAAAACUCUGGACGUAGGAAACCUGAAGCGUUUCUGGGGUCAGAGGUCAUCAGACUACAGGGGUCAAAGGUCAUAUUUAGGGGAGGUGGGAGGGAGUUGUUUAGAGGAGCCAGGUGGGUCAGAGGUUAAAACUGGUCGGGGGCCUCUGAAAAAUUAACUGAUCUGUGAAGAGGACAGAUUAAUGUAAUCAAAAUCGGUGUCUGUCAGCACCCAGUCCUAAAGACCUGUCUCACCUGUCAAAAUUCAACGUGCCUGCGUACCCAGGCCUGUGACUAUUUCGGUUACAUUUUGAGCUUUAAAUGAGUCUUCAUCAAGAAAAACACACCUGCUCAAACUGGGGCCAUAACACUUAAAUCAAAAGAUCCAGGUUGGAGGUUACUUAAUUUAGAUUUUGAGGUGUCUGUCUAUUAGUGAUCUAAGUUAAAGCUGCCAUGGAGGGGAUGGAUGUGGAUCUUGACCCAGAGCUCAUGCAGAAGUUCAGCUGUUUGGGAACCACAGAUAAGGAUGUCCUGAUCUCUGAGUUCCAGAGGCUUCUUGGUUUCCAGCUCAAUCCUGCUGGCUGCGCUUUCUUUUUGGAUAUGACUAACUGGAAUCUCCAGGCUGCUAUAGGUGCAUAUUAUGACUUUGAGAGUCCAAGUGUCACAGUUCCUUGUAUGUCAUUUGUUGAAGAUGUGACAAUUGGUGAGGGGGAAUCUGUACCACCAGACACCCAGUUCACAAAGACAUGGAGGAUCCAAAACACAGGGUCAGAGGCUUGGCCUCCAGGAGUAUGCUUGAGGUACGUCGGAGGUGAUCAGUUUGGGCAUGUAAACAUGGUAUUAGUGCGCUCACUGGAUGCCCAGGAGAUGACCGAUGUUAGUGUGCAAAUGUGCAGCCCAAGCCAGGCUGGCAUGUACCAGGGCCAAUGGAGGAUGUGUACUGCUACUGGCAUGUACUUUGGAGAUGUUAUCUGGGUGAUCCUCAGUGUGGAGGCCGGAGGCCUUUUAGGGGUUACUCAACAGCUUUCUUCCUUCGAGACAGAAUUUAACACUCAGCCUCACCGCAAACUAGGGUGCGAUUAUAACCCCUUUGCAUCUCCUCAGAAGAGCCGGUCCCCUGAUAGGGAAGAUACAGGGAGCUGGGAAACCGUGACAGACCCCCCUGAAUGUGAUCAGAAUGGACUGUCUCAGACCUCUGUAAAUAUAUGUACAUCUGAUCACCCGGCCAGUCGGUCUGUAGCUACAUAUAGAGAGAGUGUGCAUGGGCCUUACCCCUUUGGAGAAUCCUAAAAAGAACUUUUCCAGUCCAAAAGCUCUGUUUCUCUAUUCCCUCUCCCGAGGAUACUUUAUUCCCCAGCACAAUAUACCUGCUGAACGUUUGGGGUGGGGAGGCAACCCUAUGAUGUACUCUGGGGGUACUGCCUUUUUGCUUCCUCAUGCAGUAAGAAAUCCUUUUAAACCAUCCCUACAAAUUACACCUCUCAUCCUACAAACACAAACUAGGGAGGGAAGGAUGAGUGUGUUAAGGGUUGCUUUUAAUUCAAACAGGGGUGAUUUAAUCCUUAUAUAAAUUGCCUCCUAUUAUGAUCAGCAUCAAAAUAAAAUAAAAUGAAGAAAAUAUAUCCAGCAUUUUCUGUUUGUCUACAAGCGAGAAGACCACGUUUGGAUUUGGCCUUGAAAAAAAUGUUUUCCUUUUGCUCAUAAAAAUGAUGGUUGCUUCCUAUUAUUGUUUGUCCUAAAUAUCCCCAAACAAAAGCUCUAAAUCUUUAAUUUGCAAUUUAGAAACGCUCCUAGUUUUAUAUAGGUCAAAUUUUAGGUAAUUUGUAGCUACCCCGUUACAUGUCGAUUUGAAAAAAACAAACAAAAAAAACAUGUUGAAACAUUUCACUUGCAGAUAAAAUGCUCCAUUUUUUUCUUGGGAGGAGAUAUCAAGUCUUCAGUCAAAUAAUUAUGGAAGCUCAAUGUCCUGCUUAAUCGGUUUAAAAAUAGAUGGUGCAUGGCAUUUUGCAUAUUUAUACAGGUGGUCCUGCGCUGUCAUUUAGCUUAGUAGGAAUACAACUUUAAUACUUAAACCCUGUCAGUUCUUCUCCUGACAUAUUUAACAGGAUUUCUUAACAGACCACACAUUAUUUUAUAUAUGUGUGGUCUAAUAAAUUUUGCAAUUCUGUUUUAAAAUAAUAUACACAUAGACCAUUAUAAUCAUUUUUGGAUUUGAAAUGAGGCAAUGUGUAGACAUAAUAACAUACACAUAUAAAUCAGCUGAGUACUUUAGGUAUCUCAUUGCCUCUUUUUUGCCUCCAUCAAAGUAACACUGACCCUCUAUGUAUUGGUUUAAAAAGUGAUGGUUAAUUGCAUAUGCUGUAAAGAGCCCUUUAAUAUCAACCACAAAAUGCACUAGAAUUAUUGCUUUCUGAAUUCAUAACUGGGAGUAUUUUUCUUUCUUAUUAAAGCUCCAAAAUCCCUCCCAAAAUUUGGAUUUUUUUUUAUUUCAGCACGGAAAACAUAGGUUCUUGUAUUAUUAUUUUUUUUAAAUGGUGUGUGAGCGUGUAAUAGAUAGGUUGUGUGUUCAGGAUCAGGAGUGCAUGAGAUGAGUGCUUUUUUUUUUUUUUUGCGGGGUUGGGAGGCUUGAAAAAUAUGAAAAGUGACAAAAAAAUGAAAUGAGGAAUAUUUUCCUUUAAUGUAAAAAGAAUAUUUCUAUCAAUAAAUUAACAUGUAAAAUG